AAAAAAUAUAAAUUUAGAAUUAAUUUAAUGCAUUUUAUAUAAAUAGAUUAGCUUAUGAGUAAUUAAAACAUAUAAAAACCUUACCUAUUGAUGAUUAAUAACAUUAAAAAAGCUCACAAGUAGCCCAUACAGAAUAUUUAGCUACUAAACAUAGAGAAAAAGUACUUUAUAAAGCACUAAAAUUACUCCAAACUUAACAAAUAAGUGUAAAAAUUGCAGAAAGUGGACGUAUAUCUCAUUAAUAAUUAUUGCUAUUAGAAAGGAUGACACAAGAAUAUGAAAAAAAGAAAAGCAAAUUCAAAAAGAAGAAGAAAAUUUAAAGAAAUGCACUUUCAAACCUUAAUAAAGUGAAAAAAUAGUAAAUAAAGAUAGUAUGACAGAAAUACAAAAAGCAUUAAAAAAAAGCGAAGAAUUAUAUAAAAAAGGAGAAUCAAGAAGAUGGAAAAAAGACAGAAAUAGAGAUGAAAUUGAAUAUUCUUAAGUAUAUGAUGAAUGCACAUUUCAACCUGAUAUUUAUAAAAGAAAAUAAAAUAAUUAAAAAUAAUAGGUUUUUAUAAAAAAUACGGAAAAAAGUAUAAAUAGAAUUAGAUAGGCUUAUAAAGAAAAGGAAAAAUUGGUUAGUUUUAUUAAUAAUAUAAUUGAAAAUAAAAAGGAAGAAAUUAAUAAAAAAUAAUAAUAAGAAAAUGAAUAAUCUAUUAAUUAAAAAAUAUAAAAUAAUAAUAAUAAUAAUAAUAAUAAUAAUAAUAAUAAUAAUAAAUAUAAUAUUUACUAAAAUGAUAUAAAUAAUUAAUAUAAUAUUGAUAAUAAUCAAAAUAAAAUUAAUAUAUUUAAUAACUCAUCAUAAAAUAUUGACAAAAUUCCUCUACUUUUUGUAGAUGUUAAUCUUGGAUAAGGAAAAACAGAAAGAAUCAUAGUCUAUGAAGGAGAUAAAUCUGAAGAUCUAUCAAAUAAAUUUGCCUAAGCACACAAUUUAGAUUUAAAUACAAAGCUUAAAUUCAAAGAAUUAUUAGAUACUUAAAUAGCAGGAUUAUUAAGUAGAAUUGAUGAAGAAGAAGCUUUAUCUUCUGAAAGUGAUUAAUAAUUUUGUAAUUAUUAGAAUAUAUAACUAAAUAAAAGAUAACUUAUAAACAAAUACUGA